AUGAGCAUGAGAUUUCUUUGUUUGAUCGGAGGAGUGUUUGGUGAGGAGAUCAGCCAGCGUGGUGGUGAGACUGGACUGGGUCUUCCUCAGGUGUUGCCUGAUUUGAAGCCCGUGGAUGAUGCUCAGAGGUGGGCUGAUAGAACGAACACGAGUGCUUUGACCAAGGACGUGAAGCCAAGCGUUGUGUACGGAGAAAGGUACUUCCAGACCCGUCAGGCGGAGGUGUGCAACUUCCCUCUGGAGAUUGUUAUAUUGCAGGAUCUUACUGACUCCUUCUCUGACAACAUUGAGCAGAUGAAGAACGUACAACUCCACCAGAUGAUAGACGGGCUAUCUGAGAGUCAUCCCGGCAGCAAGUUCAGCAUGGUUAGCUUUCAGGACAAGGCCAUCUACCCGCUGGGCAACCGAGACGACGCUUGCUGGACGUUCUAUAGCGACUUCUCCACUGACGCCCAGCCGAUAUACGACGCUUACGCCCAGGCCAUCUCUUACGGCGGCGCGGACGCCCCUGAAAACCACUUCGGCGCAAUUCUCGCGGCCAUGGAGUCUAGCAACAUCGGCUGGUCCCCUCUGGGUUCGGAGUACACCAGACUUAUUGUUGUUGUCACUGACGCUGCGCCCCACCAUGCUGACGAUGGUCUAAACCCCGAUCCGGCGACCCUCACACCCUGGAAAGGCGAGUACUCCGACGAUCAGGCGACAGACCUCUGCCUCAAGACCUACUACCCCUCCGCUCAGCAAAUGUACGACCAAAUCGUAGCAAGACAUACCUACAUUGCGGCACUCGUUUUUGACGCCGACUGGGAGAACGGCUGGGCCGCAACCGGCUGGAAGACCUUCAACAGAUUCCUCGUCCAACCCGAAGGCAUGGUCGAACCCGACGCUGAAGACUCCUCUGGCUUCUGGAGCCAACUGUCGAAGAUCAUUGACGUGAUGGAGGCAGUUGAGUGCCCUGAGCCUACCACACCUGCGCCUACCACACCUGCGCCUACCACCGCGCCUGCUCCUGUAACUACUCCGGCACCUACCACCCCGCCUGCUCCUGUAACUACUCCGGCGACUACUACCCCUCCCGUUACACCUGCCCCUAUCACACCCGGCGAGUGUCCCCCGGUGAUGGAGGUUACAGAUGCAGCUUGUGUCCCCGCUCCCGAGAAUUGUUACUGUCAGCCAGAGGUGCUGAUCCAGUUGUUGGAUAAACCUGACACGUUGAACUUGGUUGCCGACGAGAAGACAAUUGUCAGUUUUUAA